AUGCCUUUGACUGGUCACUGUUUGUGUGGUGCUGUCACCUACACCGCCGGUGUUGAUAAGCCCCUCAUCACGGCCUACGACCACUGCGACGACUGCCAGCGCCAGACCGGUUCUACCUACUCUCUCGUCGCGGUCGUUCCCAAAGACUCCCUGACCAUCAACGGCCCCACCAAGAGCUGGGCGGGUGUUGGCAGCUCCGGAAAGGCUGUCCACCGUAUCUUCUGCUCCGAGUGCGGUUCCCCCAUUGCCCACGACCCCGAAGCCGCCCCUCCGAUCAUCGCCCUCAAGGCCGGUACCCUAGACACUGAGAUCAAGAGAAACCUGAAGCCUGACACCGAGAUUUGGACUGUCGGCAAGCUUCCUUUCUGCCAGGAGCACCUGGAGAAGCCCUUCGAGCGCAUGCCUCAAUAA